UCACACUUUGAAAAAAAAAAAAAAAAAAAAAACCCUGCAAAGUAUAAAUCGCUUGCACAAAGGAGGUCAUACACUCAUACAUACAUCGCAUCGACACAGCUGCAGGCAGGAUGGUGUACCACCCCGAGUUCGAGAAGGCGGGGCAGCAAGCGGGGCUCCAGGUGUGGAGGAUCGAGAAGAUGGACCUGGUCCCGGUGCCACAGAAACUCUACGGGGAUUUCUUCACUGGAGACGCCUAUGUGCUCCUGAACACCGUCAAGCAGAGAUCCGGACAACUGCAGUACGACCUGCACUUCUGGCUCGGUGAUUUCUGCUCCCAGGAUGAGAGCGGGGCGGCUGCCAUCUUCACGGUCCAGCUGGAUGAUUACCUCCAGGGCAAACCCAUCCAGUACAGGGAGGUGCAAGGGCACGAGUCCCACACCUUCCUCGGGUACUUCAAAUCGGGCCUCAAGUACAAGGAAGGGGGCGUGGCUUCCGGGUUCAGGCACGUGGUAACCAACGAGGUCACUGUUCAGCGUGUGCUCCAGGUCAAGGGCCGGCGUGUUGUCAGGGCAACGGAGGUUCCGGUCAGCUGGGAUAGCUUCAACCAAGGAGACUGCUUCAUUCUGGACCUGGGAAAUGAGAUCUUCCAGUGGUGUGGCUCCCAGGCCAACCGCUUCGAGAAGAUGAAGGCCACCCAGGUGGCCAAGGACAUCCGCGACAACGAGCGCAGCGGGCGGGCCAAGGUCUACGUGUGCGACGAGGGCAGGGAGCGGGAGAAGAUGCUGGAGGUUCUGGGAGGAAAGCCUGAUCUGCCUGAAGGGAGCUCUGAUGAUACCAAGGCUGAUGCAUCCAACCGGAAACUGGCCAAACUGUACAAGGUGUCAGACGCGAGUGGGGACAUGGCCAUCGCUCUGGUGGCUGCAGAGAACCCCUUCUCGCAGAGCUCCCUGGAGUCGGGAGACUGCUUCAUCCUGGACCACGGCUCUGACCAGAAGAUCUUCGUCUGGAAAGGGAAGGACGCCAACACCGAGGAGAGAAAGGCAGCCAUGAAAGCAGCAGAGGAGUUUAUUAAGAAAAUGGGAUACCCCAAACACACCCAGAUCCAGAUCCUGCCGGAGAUGGGAGAGACUCCUCUGUUCAAGCAGUUUUUCAAGAACUGGCGUGAUCGGGACCAGACGGAGGGCAUGGGCGUGGCCUACGUGUCCAACCACAUCGCCAAGAUCGAGAAGGUGCCCUUCGACGCGUCCUCGCUGCACGACUCUCCCGCCAUGGCCGCGCAGCACGGGAUGGUGGACGGAGGGCAGGGGGAGAAAAAGAUCUGGAGGAUUGAGAACUCUGAUAAGGUGCCUGUGGACCCCUCCACAUAUGGGCAGUUCUAUGGGGGCGACAGCUACAUCAUCCAGUACAGCUACAGUCACGGGGGCAGACAGGGGCACCUCAUCUACACGUGGCAAGGAUCCGACUCCUCCCAGGAUGAGAUUGGGGCUUCAGCCAUCCUCAGCGCCCAGCUGGACGAGGAGCUGGGAGGGGGACCAGUGCAGAUCCGGGGGUCUCGUAUUACCACUCAGGUGCGGGUAAUCCAGGGCAAGGAGCCAGCCCACCUGAUGAGCAUCUUCGGCGGGCAGCCCAUGGUGGUGUACAAGGGGGGUACCUCCCGCGACGGGGGGCAGUCCGCCCCCGCAGAGACCCGCCUCUUCCAGGUUCGGGCCAACUCUGCAGGGUUCACCCGCGCCGUGGAGGUUGAUGUCUGCGCCUCCAACCUGAACUCCAAUGAUGCCUUUGUGCUGGUCACCCCCAGCGCCUCCUUCGUCUGGAUGGGACAGGGCGCCUGCGACACGGAGAAGGACGGGGCCGAGAAGCUGCUGCAGAUCCUGGGGGUGUCUGCCUCGGAGCUGCAGGAGGGGGGAGAGACAGAUGAUUUCUGGUCCGCUCUGGGAGGGAAGCAACAGUACCGCACCUCCACUAGGCUGAAGGACAAGAUGGACUCUCACCCACCCAGACUGUUCGCCUGCUCCAACAAGACCGGCCGCUUCAUUAUUGAGGAGGUGCCUGGGGAGAUGAUCCAGGAGGACCUUGCACAGGAUGAUGUCAUGAUUCUCGACACCUGGGAGCAGGUGUUUGUUUGGAUUGGAAACGAAGCCCAGGAGGAAGAGAAGACAGAGGCCAUGGCUUCAGCUGCCCAAUACAUCAAGAGCGACCCUGCCAGCCGUGACCAGCGCACUCCCAUCGUCCUGAUCAAGCAGGGUUUCGAGCCGCCUACCUUCACCGGCUGGUUCCUGGGCUGGGACCACGACUACUGGACUGUCGACCCUCUGGAGAGGGCCAUGGCGAGCAUGGACGUCUGAGACGGGACACGCUAGGACCUGCCGCCCCCCUACCGCCUCCCCAACGAGCUUCUGUCUGCAGUCCCUUGCCAGGGAGUGCCGGACCUGUCAAGACACACGCACUGCCGUCCCACCCAGCUCCGGUUCUCUGACUGUAGUUCAAGGUUUCUCCAUUUGUUGUUUGUUACUGAACAGUUAAGCACAGUUGUAGCGAGCUUACCAGUGCUGUUGCACGCUUUGUACCAUUAGUUAGUUUUCCUUUUUUCUAUUUAAAACUGCACUGAAGAGGUGGAUUCAGUUUAGAGGAUUGAAUCGGGUGCAUUCACUCGACACUGUGCCUGCCUGCACAGUGGUAUCCUGUGCACAUUUCAGUGUGAUCCCAAAUCCUGGCCUUGAACGGUCUGCUCUUUUGAGAAACAUUGCUAGAGUCACAGCCCUCAUAGGGUGGGUGUAUGUUCCAGAUCCUUUCAAAUAAGAAUGUAGACUGCAGUACUUUCCCUAGGCCACUAGAUGGCAGUCCAUAUAGUUCUGGAACACUAGUUGGGGAAAACUAGUUCUUGGGAGGGACUGAGAAAACAGCUGGAUGUUGCCCCUCCCCUUUUUCCUUCAGUGUCUAACCGGUCACAGUAGCUGUUUUUUCUAAUACAAAUACCCAUGCAGUCGUGCAAUAUAUUUUGUUUGUUUGUUUGUUUAUAAGCAACCUUUUGCAUGGGCACUCCAAUGAGCUUUAUAAACCAAUAAUAAAUAAACUUUGUAAAACUGA